CAGGGCUUGGAGGCUGAACUUGAGCCUGACUGGGAGUCUUAGUGAGUGGGUGACAAGUCACUCCUGACAGAGAAGUUUGUUCCAGCAGUUCAGGACUGGGGGGACCAUGCUGAGAGACAGGAGGGCAGAGCUGUGCUUGGGGCUGCUCCCCAGGACCUGAGCUGGGACCCAGAGUUUUCAGCUGUCACCCACCCCCAGGGGGAGGCGAUGUCCCCGAGGGAACAGAGGUCUCCCAGCCCAUCUUAAGCUCUGCUGGGUCCUGCAUGACAUCAACAGCCCCCCGAUGCUGCCGGGAGUUUCGAGCUGGGGCCAGGCCGGCGCCAGGCACAGACACUUCAGCCCUUGUUGGGAGAACAGAGAGAGGCUCUCUUGUCCACAGCCCGUCCUCCAGCUCCAACUGCUGCUUCUCUCAGCGGCCCCUCCUCAGGCUGGUGCAGCCCCCGCCCUACCACUGUUACAGAAUGGACUCUGGUCCUAGCCCAGCUGGGACCCCUAGUCCACAGCACUCAAGGGCCAAUGGGAACAUCAACCUGGGGCCCUCAGCCAACCCAAAUGCCCGGCCCACGGACUUCGACUUCCUCAAAGUCAUUGGCAAAGGGAACUAUGGGAAGGUCCUACUGGCCAAGCACAAGUCUGACGGGAUGUUCUACGCAGUGAAGGUGCUGCAGAAAAAAUCCAUCUUAAAGGAUAAAGAGCAGAACCACAUCAUGGCGGAGCGCAACGUGCUUCUGAAGAACGUGCGGCACCCAUUCCUUGUGGGCCUGCGCUACUCCUUCCAGACGCCGGAGAAGCUCUACUUUGUGCUCGACUACGUCAAUGGAGGAGAGCUCUUCUUCCACCUUCAGCGGGAGCGCAGGUUCCUGGAGCCCCGGGCCCGGUUCUACGCCGCUGAAGUGGCCAGCGCCAUUGGCUACUUGCACUCCCUCAACAUCAUCUACAGGGACCUGAAACCAGAGAACAUCCUCUUGGACUGCCAGGGACACGUGGUACUGACAGAUUUUGGCCUCUGCAAGGAAGGGGUGGAGCCGGAGAAGACCACGUCCACAUUCUGCGGCACCCCGGAGUACCUGGCUCCAGAAGUGCUUCGUAAAGAGCCUUACGAUCGGGCGGUGGACUGGUGGUGUUUGGGGGCUGUUCUCUACGAGAUGCUGCACGGCCUGCCACCCUUCUACAGCCGAGACAUAGCCCAGAUGUAUGAGAACAUUCUGCACGAGCCACUGCAGAUCCCUGGGGGCCGGACGGUGGCCGCCUGUGACCUCCUGCAAGCCCUUCUCCACAAGGACCAGAGGCAGCGGCUGGGCUCCAAAGCAGACUUUCUCGAGAUAAAGAACCACGUAUUCUUCAGCCCCAUAAACUGGGAUGACUUGUACCACAAGAGGCUGACGCCACCCUUCAACCCAAAUGUGGCAGGACCUGCUGACUUGAAACACUUUGACCCAGAGUUCACUCAGGAAGCUGUGUCAAAGUCCAUUGGCUGCACUCCGGACACUGUGGCCAGCAGCUCUGGGGGCUCAAGUGCAUUCCUGGGAUUUUCCUAUGCACCAGAGGAUGACGCCGCCUUGGAUUGCUAGGACAGAAGUCCCUGUGACACCUCUUGAAGGAAGCUGGAUCUGACAGCCUACUCCCCAUUGCCACCCCAGGAAUUAUAAGGGGAUGAAGCUGAAGACCAUGGAGAACACACCAGUGACACAGACGGUGGAGACCAAAGAGACCUCUGAUGUGCACUGAGAACUCUGAAACACUGAUUUGAUUUCUGUCUUCACAGUGUCUGCUGAUUGACAAAUGUAGAACAGGAGGGAGGGGCCAAAAUUCCCCCAAUUUCCCAAACCAAAAAACAAGAGACUGUAAUUAUCCAAAAUGUACUAGUACCGUCAAAAGUACACAAUCUGCUGUACUGUGAAACACAUAAUGAUCUGUUCAAAGACUGUAAGAUCACAAAAUUUUCACCAGGAUAGAAAAUUAAAAUGAAGAAAAACUAUGAUAUAGAAUUGAUCAUGCUACACCUAUGUUUGCUGAGCAUGUUCUGAGUGUUAUGUACAUUAUCUACACACCUCACAGUGAGCCAGCAUUAAAAAAUUAACCUCCUUUAUAGAUAAGGAACAUUUGCUCAGAGAGAUUAACCAACUUGCCCAGGGUCACCCAGCUGGUAUAAGGCACAGCCAGGAACUGAACUUGGUGGCGGCUGAUUCUAAGACCCUUGCUUUUUCUCCAACCCCCAACAGUGGGAGAAGUGCUCUGGGGAGGUACUUUUUCCAUCUUCUAGCACUCACUCACUCCACACGGAGCAGAAGGAUCCCAAGACCUGUGCCAACUCUCAAGUGACAUAGCCUACUGUCUCUACAGUGGAAACACAUCACUUCCAUUUUUAUACCUCGCUGAAGACUGUGCAUCUACCCAAUUUUGCACCUAAAUACAGCGACCCUAGGAAGAGAGUUCUCAAUUGCCCUCCUCCACCGUUUAAUUCCGCAAUGACAGUAACUGUGAAAAGGCAACAAGAGCUGUGUGUUUAAGAUCCCCUAACCCCUACCACUUUAUACAUGUUGAAGAUUCUAACAAACAUAAAUUGAAAUCGAAACUG